AUGAAAGACGCAGACUUGGGUUACGGCACUCUUCCGAGGGUUUGGUAUCGAUUCUGGGCCACUUUGCCGGAAAAGGCAUUUCCAGAAGACUCCUUGGGCUGUGUAGCGUUAGUGAAGUAUAAGAAGAAAUUAUAUAGGACAAAUACCUUAUCUUCAUAUUGGAUAAGUCAAAACUUAUCGACACCAGUCAAGAUGAAUGAUCACAGCCCCUCACCACCAGCUUCAGCACCCAAACACCACAUCUCGUGCAUCAUCAGCUGCAUCGCAAGAUUGCACUCACCACUCGAGCACAGCCCCCAUGACCUAGUGUUGGGUAGGGAUGAUAUGAAUGCGAACAAGUUCGUUCCAAAAUGUUGUGUAAGCAAAGAACCUUUAACCCCGUCAUGCGGUGAACGGGAUGGGGCCGGUGGGCGUGGUUUGAAGGCUCCUUGGAAUCCUGGUAUCGUUAUGGGCGGCAGGCAACCAAGAUGUUUUGAUAAACUCUGCAAAAUAUCAACCAUCAAGAUGGGCGACGUAAUCGGCGGCGCUGUCUCCCUGGUUUCGCUUCUCAAAAAAGCCUACGACCUCUACACGGCAUGCCAGGCUGCACCUGAAGAAAUCCGUCUCGCAUCAGACCAUGUCCACUGCAUGGCUCUCGUCCUCGAGGGCGUAAAAUCCGAUCUAGUCAAAAAUGGCAACUCAUUUCUACACCAGUCCAACGAUAUCGCGAAAACACGGAAAUUCAGCUUGAAAAUUCACAUUACGCAUUGCGACAAAGCUCUAGAGCGCAUGCAGCGGUUGAUGAAGAAGUACCAAGGGUUUAGGAAACAGCAUGUUCGAGCAUGGGAUAGGUUUCGCUGGAGUACCGAAGGCAAGAAGGAGAUUGCGGAUUGUAAGGCGGAUUUGGUGAUGGCAACGAGCAUGUUGGAUUUGUUUCUGAGUAAGGAGGGGUUGAGUGUGUUGUGGAAGUUGGAGAGUAUGAUGGAGAUUAUGAUGAAGAAGUUCGCUGCGUUGGAGAUGUUUCAAGCCAACAUGCCGACGAACCCGACGACUCGAGCAAGGUCUGGAUCGAACGUAGGCAGAACGCUUGUUCUGAGCCUUGUCAUUAGUAGACUACGAAAAUGUUUGCGCCAGUAUAGGAGGAGGAAAGCGGGUAAUAGUAAGAAAAAGCCGCAAAAUCCGGGACCACGACGGCCGAAACCUGUCACAAGGGUGAGCUCUGGAUUUGGACCGAAUAAGAAGCGUGAUAAUAUGCUCCAGGAUUACGCAUGGAGCAACAUCGCGAAUGCAUCAACGACAGCUGGGAAGCCGUCACGAUCCCGAACACCUCCCGGGGAGUACUACGAUCCCAACAGCAAAUUCCCGACUGCGCCUUUGCGGCGUUCCAGUUCCAUGAAACGACUGAUGAGUAAAAUUAAUGCCCAAGCCGCAAAGCCAAAGGGAGACGGCGAGCAUCUUGAGUGCUGGAAAGUUGGCACAGGGUCAACAGCAUUUGGCAUGAGAGUCCCGCCUCAAUUUUUAUCACACAAACGUGGACAGAUGCAAUUGAGAAAGAUGGCCGCGAUAUUCAAAGACGCAUCUACCUUUGACGGACGGGGUUUAAGUGAGCAAGAUAAACGGGUAAAGUUAAUACUGGACGUGAAGAACAAUAAGGAGAAGAAGAACAACUCGAGGAAAAGGUGGUAUCUGGACUGGUAUGAUAGUAGUGGAGAAAGCUAUGGUGAUCUUGGUCAGGCGAUAGUACAUGCUGACGAUAAGCGUUAG